AUGCGCUCCUUUACUGCUGAGGUAGCCUGCUACCUCUUGACCUGCCUAGUCGUCAUCCUCUGCAAAACAUCCCUUGUUGUCGACGCACAUCCCAUCCACCUCUCAAACACUCAGUCAUCACAUACCCAACAACAACAACGUAGACAACUAGCAAUCAACGCCGCACUCACAUCCGCAGGACCCGCACUCCCUUCUCCUACUUCAACAGCCACGACAACAAUUAUACAAAAGCCUUUGAUUCAAAUCAUUGCACCCAAUGUCACCCUCUUUGCGGCACUGGACAUCCCUCCUACUUCUCCGCAACCCUCCUCUCCAUCCGCUCCAUCUUCUCCUGCCGGCGGAGAGAUUGACCCCGGCAGCAGCAGUACACCACUUCUCCUCCCGACGGCCAGCCUGACCCUCGAGCCCAGCCAGAUCUAUCAUGUGAACGAUACGUUGAUUUUUGGCGCAGGAGGAUCGGAACCCUUGACUGGUGUUUUGAUCGAGUGGACUAUCGGAUGUGACCUGAGCACCAAGUUUCCCAUUUACCCGCCAACCGACAAACCAUGGAUCGCCUUUAUCUCCUCCUCCCUCUUGUACAACAACACCAAAUCUCACACGAACAACGACGACGACGAUUACAGCGACGACGAGGAUGUCUGCGAUGUCACAACGCUUAUUGCGAUCGUCCAAGCUAUCUCGGAGGAGGUUACAGGCGUCAUUAUGUACCAGGAUAGCAAAUCCAAGGUCACGUACGAGGAGUUGAGGCAACAGACAGAGGUUGCUAUUAGGGACCUUGCUGGAUUAUCGGCAGGCAUGGAUCAAGAAAGAAGAGGCGUGAUGGUUGCUUCUCCUUUGACAAGUGGUGUUGUUACUAAGCGGGCUUCACCAGCACAGGCGGGAGGAGUUACAAAGGAGCAACUUUCGGCGGUCAUCAAACGGCAGCGAGCAAGAAAAGACUUCAACAAGAACCAAACCACCUCGACAGCCAAACUUGCCACCCUAGGAGAAUCGCCCUACAUCCUGGACGUCCAGCCACCGACAGAUCCUACACCGACUGACGACAGUGGUAUUAACAGCGAAGGGCCUCAACCAUCUUCAGAAACCUUCCCAUCAGCGCCAACCCCAACACCAGCAGCAGCAGCAGGAGUCCCUUCAAUUGGAGUCCUGGCGAUGGGCGACGCGGCGUUGAUCAAGAUCCUUCAGGAUAGCACCAAGAUCACAGGCGAGUCGGUGAUUGCUCAACUCACGUUCGCCAACAAUGCAAUCGGACCCCAUCAAUUGCCGAGUAACCCUAUUAGUCCACCGACUCCGACUGCGGGGGCUGAACGGCCGGCGGCUGAUCGGUCUCUGGGGCUCUUCUUUUGGAUUAUCUUGGGGUCUGUUGUCUUGAUUGUUGGUGUCUGGGUCGGAUUCGGAGUGGUGGAGGCCCGUUCGCUUGCAAGAAGGCGACAGCAAAUUGCGCUCGACAGUGUGAAACGGCGCACGGUCGAUCAGAAAGUCUUGGAUACCUACAAAAUUCGCGUCUUCAAGGAGGACGAUAUCACAUACUCGGAUGAUGAUGACGACAAUGACAAUGAUGAGGGCGACAAGGGAGGGAUGUCUUCAAACACUCAACCCCGGCAAAAGGAGGAACAGUACCAGGAUCUAGAAAAGGGAGGCGAGGGUCCGAACGCUGCUCCAAAGGAUACUGUCUAUGACGACAAGGACUUGUAUCGAGGAGCUGAGCAGCAGCAAGCCAAGGCGCAACGCGUUUAUGCACGUGCGGAUUUGGCAGCCCUCCGACUCGUAGCGACCGACCGCGGGAGCUAUGCAGGAUCGACCAUCAACUCUCCGGCCCUCGGUCGCAGGAGUGGGUCCUUUGAUGAGACUGUCUAUGGUGGUCUGGACUCUGCUCGUUUUCGACGUGGGUCCAUGCCUGGAUUCUUCUUUUGGGAACGACGCCCUUCCCUGAACGCGACAUUGGCGUUGAAUCGAGAUGAGCGGUGUAGGAGUUGGGCUGAGAGUGGGGCGGAUAUGUUUGAUUAUGGUGGGGAGAGUGAGUCUGAGUAUGGGUAUGAUCAAGAGCAAGGGUACAAGUCUCAUGCGCAGCAGGGGUGGGCGGAUCUGCAGGCUGAAACGAUCAAGGGCUUGGAUGCUGUCAAGUGUAAGGAGGUCAAGGCUGCUACUAUUGUUGUGCCUGCGGCUGGUGUGAUCGCGGAGACGGGCAAGGUGGAGAUGUUGGAGGUUGUGGCUCCUGCACUGAGGAGAGGUUCUGUCCCGUCGCUGAAUGUCACCCCUGCUGCCACGCCCAGCCGUGACACCUUUGCGAAUACUGCUUUACCAACUUUCCCUGCUGCCUCUGCAAGACGUGGCAGCGGAGCGACCCUGUUGGCUCAACAACCCGCCCUCAAACACAAGAGCCGGUUCAUCCUCCCCCGCAAGAUCGACACUGACAAGCUGCCUACCGUCUCGGUUGUCCACUCUGGCGAAGUCACCUCCCCUACCACCUACGGUUGCGGCAACGGCGAAGGCAGUAUCAACUCUGCGGGUCCAAGCACUGCGGGAUUUCUUCCACCUGCAGGUUGGGGUGGGGAGCGUAGACGGUCGAGUCAGGCCACGGUCGCAGUUCCUGAUAACGGACGUGGAGUCGCACAGCCUAACUGGAUUGGGCCUCGUGGACAGCGGUUGCGGAGGUCUUCUUUGCAGGUUCAGCGAAUGGGAUCGCCUCCUCUUGCGUCUGCGUCUGAGAGUGAGGACGACUUGGGGAGCGAGGGUGAGAGUGGGCAGAGUGAUUUGGAUGACGGACGGGGUGUAGGUACUGUUGCACGAGCGAAAACUGCUGCUGUUUCUCAAGGCUUGAGGAGGACUUCUCAACAGGUUCACAGGAUCAGUUUCGAGAAACUCUCGUCCAUCACACCACCACCACUCAUGGAAGUCCCACUUUCUUCCAAAACAGCAUCUGGCAAAGACAGGAGCAGGAAACAUGAAGAGAUCAUCAGCUCAAUAUCGGACCACAAGACGCGUUUCUCUCUCAUUGGAAUCGACCUCUCCGACAUCUACUCCCCGACCACAGGCGAGUUCUCGAGACUCUCCCUGGACGCCGACCGGUUUAUGCUCCCCCACAUCGACACCAAGCACAAUCGGUCCCGUUCUGCACGUCAGAAAGCCAGUGAAAGCGAUCGCGAGCAGCAAGUCGAACAGCUUCAGGAUUCAGAUUCCAGUAGUUUUGGAAGCCGCCGGAGUAGUCGCAGUCAACGAUCUAGCGCCGACUCCGCCUCCAGUGGACAUAAACGACAUGGGAAGGAACUCACCAACAACACUAUGGCCACCUCCAUCAGCGCCUCUACCACCGAUACCUCCACGUCUACAUCAACAACAUCCACCGGAGGAGGGCCAACAAGACGCAGUAAAGGAGCAGCAACCUCAGGAAAACAACGGAAGCGCCGCUACGACCCCUGCGCAAUCUGUAUAGAAGAAUACGAAGUCGGGGACAAGUUACGUGAACUGCCUUGUAAGCACUUCUUCCAUUCCCACUGUAUCGAUCCCUAUUUCAAGGAUUACCAUGGGAUCUGUCCCGUCUGCAAGCGGGAUUAUUCUGAAGCUGGAAAUAUGUCGCCGAAUGCAAGAAGGCAGGCAUCAAGGGCAUCCCUGAGAGUCGAACAAACCUCAGGCUUCGCGUCGUUCCUGGCGCCCCUGGCCAUGUUCGCCACGGGCGCCUCGGGUGUUCAUUAUUGGUAUGCUGCUGAAGCCAGCAUGCACAUGAUUUAA